AGUUGCAGUUGCAGUUGUCUGCUAUCGGCUACCCCUUGGCUGUUGGUUGCGAGUGGCACUUAGGAGGGUGCACACGAUACAAAAAGUUACAAAAAUAAAUAUGCUAAAAAUGGAUAUGUGCAGUGGCGGGAGUGGCAUCAACAACAGCAGCAACAGUAGCAGCAGCAACAGUAGCAGCAGACGGCAGCCGCGCCACAACAGUCACUCGAAGAUCAUGAUGUGGAAAAGACUUGUCUGGGCUGUGAUGCUUUCACUAGUUCUAAUGACACCGCUACAAAUCACCGCUAGACGCUCACCUGCCAGCUCCCAAGAGCUGCUCAAGGACUACGAUAAUGUGGCAGCUAGCAAUCGACAGAGGAUGCCACCAUCACCACCAGCACCAGCAUCAAACAAUCCAACAGAUAACAAUCCAACGGAGGAAAACAAUGGCGAAGAGGAUGACAAAUCCAUAGUGGCAGAGAGCCCCAAGGCGGCACAAAAACAACCCUACUGGAAGAACCUGAAUAAGAUGGUUUCACUGCAGACCAAGCCAUCGGGUUCGCUGCUCACUCUGAGCUGUCCAGCCUUGGGCAGUCCCGAACUGAAGCUCAAAUGGUAUCGCAACGAUACGAGCGAGUGGUCGAGGAGCUAUGGUAAUCUCAAGAAGAUACGUUGGACGCUCACCAUGGAGGAUCUGGUGCCGGACGAUUCGGGCAUUUACACGUGCGAAGUGUGCAACGAUUUGGGCUGCAUCAGUCAUGCCACAAAAUUGAUAGUCAGCGAUCGUGUGAAUCACAAGCCCAUACUGAUGACGGGUCCAGCGAAUCUAACGCUCCUCAUCAAUGGCAGUGGCCACAUGAACUGCAAGUAUCUGUCGGAUUUGACAAGCAAAAAGGCCUGGAUCUUUGUGCCCUGCCAGGGCGUGACAAACUGUUCGAAUAAUCGCACCAUAUAUGCCCACGAUCUGGAUCGGUUGGAUUUUGUGAAUGUCACCAUGGAGCAGGAGGGCUGGUACACGUGCAUCGAGAGCAACAGUCUGGGCCAAUCGAAUAGCACCGCCUAUUUGCGUGUGGUGCGGAGCCUGCAUCUGCUGGAGGCGGGCAUGGCCAGUGGCAUGAUGCGUAACAAUGGCAUGGUGGUCAUUGUCAUCAUUGUGAUUGGGCUGCUCAUUCUCAUGUGCUUCUUCUUUGGCUACUAUGCCGUGCGCAAGAUGAAGCACGAGAAGCUGCUCAAGCAACGCAUCGAAACGGUGCAUCAGUGGACCAAAAAGGUGAUCAUCUUCAAGCCCGAGGGUGGCGGCGAUUCCAGCGGCUCCAUGGACACCAUGAUCAUGCCCGUGGUGAAGAUACAGAAGCAGCGCACCACAGUCCUGCAAAGCGGCAACGAACCGGCGCCCUUCAACGAGUACGAAUUUCCGCUCGACUCCAACUGGGAGCUGCCGCGUGGACAACUGGUGCUGGGCGCCACACUGGGCGAGGGCGCCUUUGGCCGUGUGGUCAUGGCCGAGGUCAACAGUGCCAUUGUCGCGGUCAAAAUGGUCAAGGAGGGACACACCGACGAUGAUAUUGCCAGCCUGGUGAGGGAAAUGGAGGUAAUGAAGAUCAUUGGCCGUCACAUCAACAUCAUCAAUCUGCUGGGUUGCUGCAGCCAGAGCGGUCCGCUUUAUGUCAUUGUCGAAUAUGCACCGCAUGGCAAUCUCAAGGAUUUCCUCUACAAGAAUCGACCCUUUGGACGGGAGCAGGGCGACAGCUCACAGCCACCGCCAUCGCCGCCGGCGCACAUCAUCACCGAAAAGGAUCUGAUCAAGUUUGCCCAUCAAAUUGCACGUGGCAUGGACUACCUGGCCUCGCGGCGUUGCAUUCAUCGCGAUCUGGCCGCACGCAAUGUACUCGUCAGCGAUGAUUAUGUGCUGAAGAUCGCGGACUUUGGCCUGGCCAGAGACAUCCAGAGCACGGAAUACUAUCGCAAAAACACCAAUGGACGGCUGCCCAUCAAGUGGAUGGCACCCGAAUCGCUGCAGGAGAAGUUCUACGACUCGAAGAGCGAUGUCUGGUCGUACGGCAUUUUGUUGUGGGAAAUUAUGACCUUCGGGGCACAGCCCUAUCCCACCAUAAUGUCUGCGGAGGAGCUCUACAGCUAUUUGAUGUCCGGCCAGCGUAUGGAGAAGCCCGCCAAAUGCUCGAUGAACAUUUACAUUCUGAUGCGACAGUGUUGGCAUUUCAAUGCCGAUGAUCGACCGCCCUUUACGGAAAUUGUGGAGUACAUGGAUAAGCUGCUGCAGGCCAAAGAGGAUUAUCUGGAUGUGGAUAUUGCCAAUUUGGAUACACCACCCUCGACCAGCGAUGAGGAGGAAGAUGAAUCGGAUGCUGAGCAAAUGUUGCGAUAUCAUUACGUUAAGAGAACACAAAACGAUCAUUGAAACGCCAUAAGAACGAUCUGUAAAGGAUCUUUGAACA